AGCAAGAGAAGAGAGUAGAUCCCCUCCGCCAGACCACUCAUGCUGACAAACACACCGUCCGAAACGCCUAUUCGCCUCCGUGGACGUUAGACUCUGCAGCUCUGACAGGAUGGAUUUCUUAGACAGUGGCUACCUGGACGCGCGCUCCCCAUAUGACAACACCUUCAAUUUUUGGAACGACUACCUCGGCCUGUCGACGCUGGUCGCCAAAAACAAGAUCCACAACCCGUCCUGCAGCCCCAACUCCAUAACCGAGUCCCUCAAAGCCACCCUGGGCUUGGAGGACGACUCCCCGGUUUGCUCCUGCGUAAUUAGGCACGGCAGGGACAGCGACGGACACCUGGACUGCUGCUGCUGCGCGGCCCCGGGCUCCCCGCCGAUGUCCCUCUACGAUCUCAAGGAGCGCAUCUCGCUGCUCAGGCCGUACGAGCACCUCGCUGGCGACUCGCUGCCGGGAGACAGAGACUCGCCCUCCUACGGGGGGAGCUUCGCCGGCCUCGACCUGCUCUCCAUGGACCGGAGGCGCAAACAGACUCAGAGGGGCAAGCCAGAGCCCAAGGUGUGCGUCUUCUGUCGGAAUAACGGCGCACCGGAGGAAGUUUACGGCACCCACAUCCUGAAGACGGCGGACGGCCGAGUCCUGUGCCCCAUCCUCCGGGCGUACACCUGCCCGCUGUGCAGCGCCAACGGGGACAACGCGCACACCAUCAAGUACUGCCCGCUUUCGAGGGACCAGCCGAGCCAGAGAGCGGCGAAGGGAGGCAGGCCGAUCGGCAAACGGCUGAAAAUCUUCUAAGCCAGGAGAUGAGUGAAGUUUGAGUUGCACUGUAAAUGAAUGGUGUGUAUGACAGUGGUGUUGCCCCCCUCUCUCCCAUGUCAUGCACACGACAAGCCUGGAGUGAAAAAGAUUGAAAGAAAAUUAGAUUUUUAUUAAUAUUGUUUUGCGUGCCACUGCUUCAUUUGUAAUGUGUCUAUCUUGCAACUCUGUGGCAAAUAGUUUACACUUGGAUGCAUUGCGCGCAACCCCCCCCCCCCCCCCCCCCCCCCCCCCAGCACUCUUAAGGACUUGGUGAUAAAAAAUGAACCAAAGUACUGUACAGAUCGACCUGUGAAUGACCACCUUCAUGCUGUAAUCAGAAGCACAGUGCAAGCAGCCCUGUGCAUGUCAGCGGGCUGCUCUGGGUUUAUUAUUAUUGCCAACACGAAUGAAUAUGCAGCACUCCUGAUAUGAGAUGAAUGUUUAGUCCCAUUGUAGUGCAUUGGCCUGUGGAUGGAAGAAGUCGGACAGGCCAUGCAAGAUAUACUUCUUUAUCUCGAGCACAGUUUUUUUCCUGCAGAUAAAUGUUUUCUACCAAAGGAAUACACUUUUGUAUUGAAACGUAGCCUAAAGGGGUCAUUUCUGUAUUGUUUAUAUGUUUGAUCAUGUCUUAUAUUCAUGAUGUGAUUUCAUGUGAUAUAGGAUGUUGCAGAUUUCAACUGAAUGUAAAAGGAGAUCUGAGACGCAGUUCACCUACAUGCUCUUUAAGUAGCUCCAAGCUCUAUUAUUUCAGUUCACUGUUCAAAAACACACAGAUGCUGAAUAAAUUCUCUUUUUUUUAUGUGGAAAUGUAUUUCUGCAACUCUUGUAAAUAUAUUAAAAGGGGUGCAACAUUUUUAGCAAUGCAAAGCCUGACAUUCCAAAGUCUUUAUCUGUCAAUAUAAAUGUUUUAUG